AUGUCUAAUACAAAUGUAUCAAACAACGACGUAAAUGAGGCUGGAACCAACUUAGGUGAAGGUCUUACGUCCGGCAGGUGUCCCGCGGACAGGGCGCGCGGGCUCGGUCGUCAUAAAGCUACUGUCCGAAAAAAGUGGUCAACACAAGAUAACAUCUGUGUAAUGACGUGCUACUAUGAAAGUCAGCCAGAAGUUAGAGGUUAUAGACAGAGGUUGUAUGCUAUUUGGAAUGAAAAUGGUAUGGCUGAAGUAACAGAGCAAAGGCUCUGUGAUCAGGUGCGGAUGAUUCAGGGAAAGGGUUGGUUAACAGAACUACAAUUAGAGGAGAUUAGGAGAAAUGUUCAAGAAGGUAGAAUUGGUGAUGCUGGUGAAGUAGGUGAAAAUGAUGUGAGGGCUGGUGUUGCACAGGAUCAGAUGAGGUUUAUUGGUGAGAAGCAGUUUGUGGAGAUGUUUGGAGAGAGGAGCCUUGAUGAGGCUGAAUUUGAGGGUUUUUCAAGGUUUUACCAAGAGUUAGAUGGAAGGUCAUGUGAUGAGAAUGUAAUACCGGAUAAGGAAGAAACUAGGGAAUUUUGGUCUGGAAUAUGGGAGAAGGAUGUAAGACACAAUGAAAGUGCAGAUUGGAUCCAGGUUGUAGCAGAAGAGAUGCAAGGUAACAGACAACAGGACAUUCAGAUUACAGCAACAAAAGUCAGGAAAAGAAUUCGCAAAAUUGCGAACUGGAAGGCUCCUGGACCAGAUGGUGUCCAUGGCUAUUGGAUUAAGGGGUUUGUGUCAUUGCAGGAAAGAAUUGCAUCUCAUCUGCAGGAUUGCAUAACUAAAGGUGAAGUACCAGACUGGAUGACAACUGGUCGGACUGUCCUACUAUUAAAAGACAAGAGCAAGGGAAACGAAAUAAGCAAUUACAGGCCAAUAACCUGCUUACCACUUAUGUGGAAAUUACUUACUGGUAUUGUUGCAGAUGAUGUAUAUGAUCAUCUGAAUGAAAAUGAUUUACUACCCGAGGAACAGAAGGGGUGUCGUAGAAAUAGUAGAGGGACGAAGGACCAGUUGUUAAUAGACAAGACAGUUUUGAAGAACUGUAGGAGGAGGAAAGUUGGGUUAAGCAUGGUGUGGAUAGAUUAUCGGAAAGCUUAUGAUAUGUUGCCCCACUCCUGGAUUAAGAAAUCCAUGGAGAUGUGUGGAGUUGCUGAAAACAUUGUUAAUCUUUUGUCCAAAAGUAUGGAAAGCUGGCGUACUAUACUAACAUCAGGCAAUGAAGAGCUAGCUAGUGUGAACAUCAAGAGAGGAAUCUUUCAAGGCGAUACACUGUCUCCAUUGUUGUUUGUGAUUGGGCUUAUUCCACUAAGCCAUAUACUCAGAAAUGACAUCUAUAUGGAGUUUGGAUUGAAUAAGUGUGCACAUGUCACAAUGAAGGCUGGAAAGCUUGCUAGUGUUGGUGGGAUGGAGCUUUCGUCGGGGGAAGUGAUACCAGAGUUAGAGUCUGAUAAAGGCUACAAGUACUUAGGUAUUUUAGAAGUUGAUGAUAUUAUGCAUGCAGAGAUGAAAGAUAAGAUCAGAAAGGAAUACUAUAGAAGAGUUAGACAGUUAACAUCAUCGAAACUGAACAGAAGUAAUGUAAUUACUGCAGUAAACUCCAGAGCAGUGUCUUUAGUGAGAUACAGUGCAGGAAUUCUAAAAUGGACCAAAGAUGAGCUGAACAUUAUGGAUCGAAAAACACGAAAGAUUAUGACAAUGAAUCGAAUGUACCACCCACAGAGUGACAUAGACAGGCUGUACAUCCCUAGAAAGGAAGGUGGAAGAGGUCUCCUUAGUAUUGUAGAGUGUGUUGAAAAUGAGGAACAUAGUCUAUCUCUAUAUGUGGACCAGUCAGAAGAAAUGCUUUUGAAACUUGUUAAGAGUGAGGGGAUUUUGCCAGAAUAUGAGGAACCGAGAGAAUAUAAGCAAAGACAUGAUAGCAUUGCCAGAAUUGUACAUUUAGAACUAUGCCAGAAGUUUGAGUUAGUAGGAGAAGUUAAGUGGUACAACCACAGACCUGAAAGUGUUAUGGAGAAUGACAGGGUAAAAAUUUUAUGGGAUUUUAACAUCCAAACAGAUCAUGUCAUUCAACACAGAAGGCCUGACAUAGUGGUUGUGUACAAGGAUGAAAGGAAAUUUGAACCUGAUCUAUGCACGGGUACACAGAAUAUACAGUAUGAGAAGCAACUUCAGUUUUGA